GUUUACGAGCUAUGUGAUACGGACAAGAAAGGCUACCUGAACAGAGAAGACCUAAAAAUGGCGGUGGUCAUGCUGUUUGGAUAUAAACCAUCAAAGGUAGUAGAAACUAGGUGGUAUCAUAGACUUAGAUAGACAUCGCAUCAUUGUAUCUGUUCCAUUAUGGCAUCUGAGAGCAUGGGAGGUCCAUUGAGGCCAUCUCCAUUUUGAAGUAGUCUAUUUUCAUAUUCUACCACUUCUAUGAGCUGGCAAAGAAACUGAAAGUGUGCACAUUUUGUUCACAAACGGAAAAAAAGAAAUUGCACCACCAUCUAACCCUAGAUAUACACCACUAUCCCCAACAAACUCACCACUUCUACCCACUACUUUGGCCCCAACAGAUCCUACACCAGGCCAUCGGCCUGGGAGUCUGGAACCCCUUCUCUCAAACCCCCUAUUGUUCUUCUGCACUAAAAUCUCUGACACCCCUAAACUUCUCUGCUGCUGCUACUACCAGACCAAUCUUCUGGGAUUUCCUUUCCAUCUGUGCGGUACAAUUAAUGACCAUAGCAAUAAACUGCCAAGAAGCCAACCUUACUAAAGCACAAACUGUUCUAGUCACUCUGUACUGGCCUACUACUCACAGGGAUCCUCUCAGGCUCUCUCACCCUUUGCCCACCAUCCUCUGCUUUCCUCACUGCCUCAGCAUAUGACACUUUCUGCACUGCUACAACCCUGGUAACCUCAAGCUGUCUCACUCGCACAGGACAUUUCUGAUCCCCAGCAACAUGGUCACCCCCACAAUUAAAACACACUUUUACCACAGAAACUACACACUCCUUUGUCCCAUGCCCUCCAGCACACUUCUCAAUCCUCAGAAUCUUUCUCCUACAUACUGGUGCAACAUGACCAUAAGCUUGGCACCUGAAACACCGUAGUGGGUUCGGAACAAAAGCUCUUACAGGAUACCUGACAUAUCCUAGUAUGAUUUUAUCAGGUAAACAUCAAAACUCAAAAGGAUAGACAGUCUUGCGCUCGCCACCGGGUCUGCGUCAAACCAAACGUAUGGGUGGUCCUCUUGUAGCUCAAUUGGUAGAGCAUGGCGCUUGUAACGCCAGGGUAGUGGGUUCGAUCCCCGGGACCACCCAUACGUAAAAAUGUAUGCACACAUGACUGUAAGUCGCUUUGGAUAAAAGCGUCUGCUAAAUGGCUUAUUAUUAUUAUUAUUAUUAUUAGCAGAAAAACAACUUAAAGCAUAAUGUUUCCACCUCCAUGUUUGACGGUGGGGAUGGUGUUCUUGGGGUCAUAGGCAGCAUUCCUCCUCCUCCAAACACGGCGAGUUGAGUUGAUGCCAAAGAGCUCGAUUUUGGUCUCAUCUGACCACAACACUUUCACCCAGUUCUCCUCUGAAUCAUUCAGAUGUUCAUUGGCAAACUUCAGAUCUGCCUGUAUAUGUGCUUUCUUGAGCAGGGGGACCUUGCGGGCGCUGCAGGAUUUCAGUCCUUCACGGCGUAGUGUGUUACCAAUUGUUUUCUUGGUGACUAUGGUCCCAGCUCCCUUGAGAUCAUUGACAAGAUCCUCCCGUGUAGUUCUGGGCUGAUUCCUCACCGUUCUCAUGAUCAUUGCAACUCCACGAGGUGAGAUCUUGCAUGGAGCCCCAGGCCGAGGGAGAUUGACAGUUCUUUUGUGUUUCUUCCAUUUGCGAAUAAUCGCACCAACUGUUGUCACCUUCUCACCAAGCUGCUUGGCGAUGGUCUUGUAGCCCAUUCCAGCCUUGUGUAGGUCUACAAUCUUGUCCCUGACAUCCUUGGAGAGCUCUUUGGUCUUGGCCAUGGUGGAGAGUUUGGAAUCUGAUUGAUUGAUUGCUUCUGAGGACAGGUGUCUUUUAUACAGGUAACAAGCUAAGAUUAGGAACACUCCCUUUAAGAGUGUGCUCCUAAUCUCAGCUCGUUACCUGUAUAAAAGACACCUGGGAGUCAUAAAUCUUUCUGAUUGAGAGGGGGUCAAAUACUUAUUUCCCUCAUUAAAAUGCAAAUCAAUUUAUAACAUUUUUGACAUGCGUUUUUCUGGAUUUCUUUGUUAUUCUGUCUCUCACUGUUCAAAUAAACCUACCAUUAAAAUUAUAGACUGAUCAUUUCUUUGUCAGUGGGCAAACUUACAAAAUCAGCAGGGGAUCAAAUACUUUUUUACCUCAUCGUAUGUGGUUUUAUAUUGUAAAGACUUUAACCAACUUGUUAACACAUUCUCAUUUUAGAUAGCAAGUCAGCCAGUUUUUAAAUAAGAUAUGAACAACAACAUAAGUAUGUGGCUAGCUAGAACUCAUAGGACGGUAAGAACCCGUUAGUUAGAGGCCGUUUGGUGUGUUUUAUAUUAGAUUUUUACUUAACAUUGCCAGCCAGUACUUUUAGAAAAUAAAAAUGAAAAAAUUGUUUGUAGACCGUCAAUGUAUUGAAAGUGAAACAGCUGGUGGGAGUUGUAGUUCAUGUGUGUAAUUCUAAUGAACAGUGGUAACUUUUUGGCUUCGUGCUUCUUGUCCAUCAAAUAUGUUGAAAACCGGCGUAUGGUAAGUUAAUUCACUCUGAAACAUAUAUAUAUCUUAUGACUGCGUUUUCAUGAAUUUGACAAUGCAAAUUUUAAGCCCAUUCUUAGCCUACAAAACGAGACAACAGGAAGUACCACUUUCCUACUGUAUAGACCCAAUGUACAGUAGUGCUAGCGCUGGUCCAUCGCGCGAAGACAAUGAGUUGCCUCGUGUCACGCAAUGGACGAGACCUACAGUUUUGUGGUUGUAUCCAGCCUUGUUGAAUUUGAGGAACAGUGAAGCAAUGAUCAUUUCAUUCCACAAGAUGGCGCCGUUGUACUUAGUUUGAUCUUAAAAGUAUUCUCAAACCUUUCUUUGUGACCUAGCUAAUUUGCAUAAUAAUCACCUCACAAAAACGACAUUGAUAAAUAUCAAAUGUGAUCUAUUAAUAAUUUUUCUAUCACUCAAAUUCAAAUAUAUUACAUUUCCUCAGUCAUCCAUCAAGCCAGUCUUUCAUUUCCUUGUGCUUUUAUGUUGCAGUCUGAAACCAACAUGUUAAUGGAUCAAGCCCAGGCAAAAUAUUCACCAGGUAAGUCAACAAUGCUGUUGUGACAGAAUUAGUACAUAUUAUUGCGUCUGUCUGUCUGUGUCAAACGAGCACUCAGAAAUGAGAAAACAUGUACACCAUCCGCACUUUUAGCUCAUACUGUAUAUUCUUGAUGUGUCGAUUUAUGUAAAUAUGAUGGUGAGUCAAUCUUCCCACAUCCAGUCGUGCUGAAUGGGAGCACUCCAAUAUAUGUGUGUGUUUUAAUGAACAAGUGGAAGAUAUAGCCACAGGACAUAGCCUCUGAACAGCCAUCGCAGACUGUAUUUAAUUUGAGAUGAGUUGCUCAACCUCUCUCACUCACACACACACACACAUACACACACACACACACACACACACACACACACACACAUACACGGGUGCCUGCCUGCAGCUAUCCUCUGACAGCCUCAAUGACGUUUUUAGAUUAAUUUCUAGCGCGCCCGCAGUUUAGACGUCAUUACAGUUUCAUACGCUGUUCAUCACAGCACCACUUAUGGCCACGACAGGCAGCCCUCCAACUGAGACGCGAAGUAAGGGGACCCAUGCUGAUGUGUAAGCACACAUCCACUCACAGCAAAACAUCCACCGUGCAGCAUUUAGCCGCAAUCUCCAUUUAAAAUGGGGCGGUGGAAGACAAAACCAAACAAAGCAACCUAGUCAGUGUAUCGUUCCAAUCCAUCCUGGUGAAAUGGAAAGAAACGAGAUAAAACAAGAGGGGACGCUUGAUUUAGACUGGGUGUAAUCGUUUUACACAUUUCCAGUAAUUAAAAGAAUGCCUCACAAAAGGCUUGCGGUGCGGUGUAAUUGUUAGUGUGACGACAAGCGGCCAACGCUUUAACUGGGGGCUUCUUGACAGGCAGACAGGAGAGGGGGAAAGAGAGAGGGGAGAUGAGAAGAACGUGGCUGGCUAGACAGAUACGAGGCUAUUGAAGGAAGAUGUUAAACGGUUAAAGAUUAGGAAGUAAUUCGUCUCUUUUGUUUUUAAAGCCAGGAGCAACAUUUUUAAUCUGUACAUUGCCCAGUAAGAGAGAGACAGAGGGAGGGGAUUGAGGGAGAGGGGGGGUGAAGGGAAAGAGGGAGGGAAGAGAGAGAGAAUUGUGUUAGUAGCAUGGUUGAUGCAAUUACAUAUUUCACCAUCCAUUAAAUGUGUCUGGGAGAGAGAAUGCGGGAUAAGAGAGGAAUAGAGAGAGAGAGGGAGAGCAGUGAAUUUAACUGCUCUUCUGGAUGUGGUGUGAUUUAGUAAAUUGGUGGUGAUGGUGGGAAGAGACAGAGUGGGUGGCUAACUAGAGAGAGAGAGAUGGAGAAUAUGUGUGUGGCUGGCUAAGAGUGAAUGGGGCCAGGCAGUGUGGGUGUGGGCUUGGCUAGACUGUGUCUCUCUGUAACUGGCUCAUUUCAGCACAGCCCCUCAUAGGGGUUACCCAGAGGCCUUUGGUAAGAGACCUUCUACCAUUGUCUACUACCAUAGCGAGUCGAUUCCGCCUGCACUGAUCUUAGGUUGCAUGCUCGUGUGCUACCACACGAAAAGAAGGCACAUAGUGGAACCGAUCAACUAUAGGCUACUAGCACUAUGCAAUGGGAAACUGGCUGGCUGGCUAGCUAGCUAGCUAGCUAGCUAGCUAGUAACACAGGCUAACUGGAUAAACAGCAGUUAGCUUUAGAAUGUUAACGUUAGCUCUGUUUUUAAAUCGCAAUUUGCAGUUUACAGCUAACAAGCUACAUCUAUUGACCUAGCUAGCUAAGAAACUGUUUAGCUAAAGGUUUAUGAGCGGCCAACAAUCUUAACUUUUAACUGUUUUUGUUUUUACGGUAAACUUAAAUGUUCUAUGUUUACCAUUACUAACCGUCAUUUUCUGCUGAUGAUGCCAUUGUCUUACCCGACUACUUUCGAGCUAUUACCCUUUGCGAGAUAAGAGCGUCAUCUAAUGCCUGAGAUCGCUUAUCUACUAAGGGAGUCCUGCUCUAGCCUAUGACAAUGUCGUCUUAUGCUUUGUUUUGUUAUGUGUUAUAUGUGUAACCCAAGUAUGCCUAGUAGGCUAGGUCUACUGUGUAGCCAUUUAUUUAAGAGGAACACAAUGGAAAUACGUUUUCAAACUUUCGUGUCAUCCUCUGAGUGGUUGUAUUGUUUGAAAUUGUCAAUUAAAAAUAUCUAUCCCUAUAGGAAAUGUUAUCCUCCACCUCCCCCUCUCUCUCUCUCACCCCUAACCAGUAACUGCUGUGUGUUCUAAGUGAAGCGGACAUGAGUCAGGCUCAUGGUCUUGUGAUGAGGUAGCCCUGCCUGCAACUUCAAAAUCAGUGUCCCCCUCAGCACAAAAUAAUUCCCUCUUGGUCUAAUGGUCAAGAAGUUGGUCUGUGGGAGACCAGGGUGCGUGCGUGCGUGAAGUACUCAUCUCAAUUAGCUAGGCGCGGUUGCCGGGAACGCUUGCCAUGUGGUGAGUCAUAGUCACAGAUCUUUGGUAGGGGCCACCGUGCGGCUGACAGAAUUAGAUUAAAUAAACACACACACCCUCCCUACUCCAAACACACCUCCAUUCUUCCCUCCCUGUGAAAGCUUGGCACUGCUCUUUUUCAGUUCUCUCUCUCUCCAUCUUUCUCUCUCUACUCUCUCUACGCUCUCUCUCUCGCUACGCUCUCAUCUCCCCAGCUCGGGCUCUUUUUCUCCACCUUCAUUUGAAGCCCUGAGAGAGACUUGUGCUGAAGAAGCCCCCACACAGCACGCUUCCUUUCAUUCACUGCCAGACACUCUGCCUGGCAUGUGUGUGCCUGUAUGUGUGUGUGCGUGCAUUUGUGAGGUGAUAUGUUUGCUAUUGUGAGGUGAUAUGUUUGCCCCCCCCCUCUAUCUCUCUCUAGGGGUGUGUAUAGAGAUGUUUGUGUCUCUCAUGGAGAGGAAGUUGUCAUCAGAUGACCAGUACCAGAAGACCAGACAGAUCUUCAACGCCUUUGAUGUGAAC